CCAUGCCGGGGGCUCGGGUCCGCCGCCCGCUCCUGCUGCUGGCCCCGCUCCUGCUGCUGCUGCUGCUGCUGCUCCCGGCGGCUCCGGCCCCCCAGAGCUGCCUCAGCAGGCAGCAGCUCCUGGCCACCAUCCGGCAGAUGCAGCAGCUGGUGAAGGGGCAGGAGACACGCUUCACUGAGGGCCUGCGCCUGAUGAAGAGCCGCCUGAGCACCCUGCACGCCUCCCUGGCCAAAGCCACCCCUGAGCUGCCAGCCGCCUCCUGCCCUGCCCUGCAAGCCCCAGUGGAUGGGAAGAAGUUUGGCACCAAGUAUUUGGUGGAGCACGAAGUUCACUUCACCUGCAACCCGGGUUUCCAGCUCCUGGGCUCCAGCACCCGGACGUGCCAGGCCAAUGGCAGCUGGAGUGGACAGGAGCCCCACUGCACAGAGAUCAGCGAGUGCUCGAGCAGCCCCUGCCAGAAUGGUGGGACAUGCCUGGAGGGGCUGAACCAGUACAAGUGCCUCUGUCCCCAGCAGUGGACCGGAGCCACCUGCCAGUACCAGGCACAGAUGGCUCCCCCGGCCUGGAGUGUCACGGAUGACCCAGCGUUCAGCCGCCAGCCCCGUUGCGCCCAAAUCGACCGGACCCAGCACUGCAGCUGCGACCCCGGCUUCCACAUGAGCGGCACAGCUGCCAACGGCCUCUGCCAGGACCUCAACGAGUGUGAGGUGUACAAGCGGGAGGGGGGUCCCCGGCUCUGUGCCCACGCCUGCGUCAACCUUCCUGGCUCCUACCGCUGCGCCUGCCCCCAGGGCUACGUCCUCCUGGGCGACGGCAAGAGCUGUGAAGACAUUGACGAGUGUGCCCUGUCCCAGGAUAACUGCACCAGGGGAACCACCUGCAUCAACACAGGGGGGAGCUUCCAGUGUGUCAGCCCCCAGUGCCCCCCGCCCACCGGCAAUGUCACCUAUGUCAAAACCUCCCUGUUCCAGUGCGAGCGUAACCCCUGCCCGAUGGAGAGCCGGUCGUGCCACCAAGCUCCCAAAACCAUCUCAUUCCACUACCUUCCCCUGCCAUCCAACCUGCUCACGCCCACCCCGCUGUUCCGCAUGGCCACAGCAGCAGCGCCUGGCCGGCCAGGACCCGACAGCCUGCGUUUUGGCAUCGUGGGGGGCAACAACCGUGGCCACUUCGUCAUGCAGCGCUCAGACCGGCAGACCGGGGAGCUCAUCCUGGUGCAGAGCCUCAAGGGUCCCCAGACCAUCCAGGUGGAUGUGGACAUGUCGGAAUACCUGGAUCGUGUCUUCCAGGCCAAGCACGUGUCCAAAAUCACUGUCUUCGUCUCUGCCUACGAGUUUUAGGGGAGGUGGCAGCCAGGGUGGUAGCUUCCCUGGCACCAACGGUCCCUGCUCCACCUGGAUCGCUGAGCCCCAGAGGCAGGGGGGUAAUGGGAGCUCCCGCUGAUGUCCCACACGGCAGCCCCUUGGCAGCUGACCAUCCUCCCCUCCAUGUUCAGGUUCUUCUGGCCUGGGUGGCUUUUACAACUGGGGUGGGGGGAGGGAAAGCAAAUGAGAUGCAAAAGACACGGGAUGCAGGGGUUGCCCUCAGAGCAUCCUUCUCCCCCAGGGUGCUGGAAGGAUGACUUCCCACAGCCUCGGCACUUUCACAGCCCAGAAAACAGCAGCUAGAAUCCUUUUUAAUUCCUCUUUUUCUGUAGGAAAGAAGUUAAUCUGGUGCAUGCAGAAGGAGGGAGGCUCAUAGUGGCCACCACUCUCCUCCCUGCUGGCCCCAGCUUGCUUGCACUGAC